AUUAGCUGAAAUAAUGACUCGUGUUCUGGAACGAUUUUAUGCACUUCUCCUGCUUCUCAUGCAUGCUGCAGGACCCGUCCUCGGAUUCAACAAUACCUCUGAAAUAAAGUGCAAUGAGAGGGAGAGACAAGCACUCCUCAGCUUCAAACUUGACCUCGUAGAUGUCAAUGGCAUGCUUUCUACAUGGAGGGAUGAUGAAAAAAGUCGAGAUUGUUGCAAAUGGAAAAACAUUCAAUGUGACAAUCAAACAGGUCUUGUAACCAUCCUUCGUCUUCGUGGUUCUGAGACACAAUAUUUGAGAGGUGCACUCAAUAUCACUUCAUUGUUUCCCUUGCAAAAUAUUCAAUAUUUAGAUCUCAGCUACAAUUUUUUUAUGGGCAAUGACAUCGCAGAAUUCAUAGGCUCACUUACCAACUUAAGAUAUCUCAAUCUCUCCAAUUCUUUUUUUAGUGGCAGCAUUCCUAUCCAACUUGGAAGCCUUACACAUUUAAGGUAUCUCGAUCUCAGUUACAAUUAUCUCGACCAGGAACUCCCUUAUCAGCUUGGAAGCCUUAAAUAUUUAAGGUAUCUCGAUCUCAAUUAUAAUUAUCUUGAAGGGAAACUCCCUAGUCAACUUGCAAAUAUGUCACAGUUGAGAUACCUUGGUCUCAGUUGUAAUUACUUUUCUGGAGCACUCCCUUUCCAGGUUGGGAAUUUUCCUUACUUGCAAACUCUUAUACUUGCUGGUGAUUUUGAUGUCAAACCUAAGGAUGCCAAAUGUCUCAGGGAUGGUAGUUUUCUCAUAUCUGACAUUUCAAUUACGAAUUCUUCAUCUUCUCUUGCCUCGCUUGAUCUCUCCUCAAAUCUGUUAAUAUCAUCAUCCAUAUUUUACUGGCUCUUCAACUCCACUACCAAUCUUCGUACUCUUGACCUUUAUGAAAACGUGUUGGAAGGUCCCAUUCCAGAUGGAUUUGGGAAAGUAAUGAAAUCUCUUGAGUUUCUUGACCUCUAUGGUAACAAACUGCAAGGCGAGAUUCCAUCUUCCUUUGGGAACAUGUGCACAUUGCAGAGAUUAGACCUCUCAUAUAACGAGUUGAGUGGGGAAAUUUCAAGCUUAUUUCAAAAUUCUUCAUGGUGCAACAGACACGUGUUUCAGAGUUUGGAUUUAUCUAAUAACCAGAUUACAGGCAUGCUACCUACAAUCAUUGGAUUGCUAUCUGAGUUGGAGUACUUGUUCUUGGAUGGAAAUCGUUUGGAGGUCUCUAUCUCUAAAAAUAGACCUAAUUGGGUUCCUCCUUUCCAAUUAUAUGUUCUGAAACUAAAAUCUUGCAUGUUAGGCCCCACUUUUCCUAGUUGGCUCCAGACUCAACGCUCCUUAGCUUUUCUUGAUAUUUCUGAUAAUGGGCUGAAUGGUUCAGUACCAAAAUUGUUUUGGAACAACUUGGAAAAUGUGCAAUGUUUGAAUAUGUCUCAGAAUAAUCUCACCGGUGCAAUUCCUAAUACAUCGAUGAAGCUUCUCAAUAGACCAUUUAUAAUUCUGAAUUCGAAUCAGUUUGAAGGAAAAAUUCCAUCGUUUUUACUACAAGCUUCAGAGUUGAGGCUUUCUGACAAUAAAUUUUCAGAUCUAUUUUCAUUCAUAUGUGACCAAAGCAGCUCUGCAAUGACUAUUUUAGAUUUAUCAAACAAUCAAUUGAAGGGAAAACUCCCAGAGUGUUGGAAACAUGUAAAUCGGUUACUGUUUCUUGAUUUAAGCAAUAACAAAUUGUCAGGGAAGAUUCCUGUGUCCAUGGGCAGCCUCGUUAAAUUGGAAGUCUUGGUCUUACGGAACAAUAACCUAACAGGUGAAUUAGCUUCCACUUUGAAGAACUGCAACAAUUUAACUACAUUGGAUGUGGGUGAAAAUAUGUUGUUUGGUCCCAUUCCAUCAUGGAUCGGAGAAAGUAUGAAGCAGUUAAUAGUUUUGAACAUGCGAAAGAAUGACUUUUCUGGAAAUCUUCCCAGUGAACUCUGUUAUUUGAAGCAUAUUCAAUUCUUGGAUCUUUCAAAGAAUAUGUUAUCAAAAGGACUCCCAACAUGCUUAAACAAUUUGACUGCAAUGUUUGAAAAGAGCAUCCACACAAGUGGGUUUAUAAAUUAUAUAAAAUUGCUGAACAUGAAUGGUGUAUUUUAUGGAAGUUUUCCUACGGGCGAGUAUACCCUUAACAUAAGCCUGAUGUGGAAAGGGGUUGAACAGGGAUUCAAGAACCCAGAGUUAAAGCUUAAGAGCAUUGAUCUUUCAAGUAAUAAGUUGACGGGUGAAAUACCAAAAGAGAUCAUAUCUACUUGGUUAGAUCUGUCACACAACUCUCUGUCUGGAAGGAUACCAUCAGGAAGACACUUUGGAACUUUUGAUGUCUCUAGUUUUGAAGGGAAUGUUGGUCUUUGUGGUGAACAACUUAACAGAACUUGUCCUGAAGAUGGAAAUCAGAGAACAAUAAAGACUGAAGAACAUGGAAAUGAUGAUGAAGAUAAUGUUUUGUAUGAGGCAUUGUACAUGAGCAUGGGGAUUGGAUAUUUCACUGGAUUUUGGGUUAUUGCAGUUGUGCUACACGCGCAUCCGAUUGAUCUCGGGUGA